AUGGCGCCUGCGUACCUCAAGAUACCCACAAAGGGCGACGAUGAGGAGGGGGGGAGGCCUUCAUCAACGGCCCACAUGGCCACCACGACCCUUAAGGUGGACGGAAUGACAUGUGGCGCCUGUACAUCGGCGGUCGAAUCCGGUCUCAAGGGCGUCGAUGGCGUCGGGAACGUCUCUGUCAGCCUCGUAAUGGAGCGCGCCGUUGUCCUUCAUGAUCCCCAGCGCAUUUCCGCCGACGAGAUCCAACAACGCAUCGAAGACCGCGGGUUCGACGCCGAAGUUCUUGCCACCGACCUCCCUUCCCCCGUAUUCACCCGGCAGGCCGUCGAUGAAGGGGCUUUUAUUGACGACGAAGACGAAGACGAAGACGAAUAUGAAGACGAUAAAGAGAAUACCAUGAUGACCACGACCGUUGCUAUUGAAGGAAUGACAUGCGGCGCUUGUACCUCCGCCGUUGAGGGUGGCUUCAAAAACGUUCCCGGCGUGUCCGGCUUCAGCAUAUCCCUGCUGUCGGAGAGGGCCGUCAUUGAGCACGAUCCGAGCCUUUUGCCCGCUGAUAAGAUCGCCGAGAUCAUCGAAGAUCGAGGAUUUGGCGCCACGAUAGUAGAGACUCAGAAGGUCCGACCAGAGAGGAAAGGCAGGAAAUCGAAGUCGGGAAAUGGUGGCUUGCAGAGUUCCGCCGCCACCACCACCGUUGCCAUCGAAGGCAUGACAUGCGGCGCUUGUACCUCCGCCGUUGAAGGCGCUUUCAAAGGCGUUGAUGGCGUGUUACGGUUUAACAUCAGCUUACUAGCCGAACGCGCCGUUAUCACCCACGACGCCACCAAGCUGACCCCCGAAAAAAUCGCCGAGCUCAUCGAGGAUCGGGGGUUCGGCGCCGAGAUCCUAUCCACCCAGUCCGACGUCUCCACUCACUCCAGCACCGCAUCGACGGUCCAGUUCAAGCUCUACGGCGAUUUGGACGGCAUGUCAGCCCUCGCGCUCGAGGCCAAGAUCCAGGCGCUGCCAGGCGUCAAAUCCGCCAAGCUGAACUCGGCCGGCUCACGUCUCACCGUCACCCAUGUACCACACGUCAUCGGCCUACGCUUGAUCGUAGAAGCCAUCGAGGUCGAGGGGCUGAAUGCCCUCGUCGCCGAUAACGACGACAAUAAUGCGCAGCUCGAGUCCCUCGCCAAGACGCGGGAGAUCAACGAGUGGCGCAAGGCCUUCAAGGUUUCACUCGCCUUUGCCAUUCCCGUGUUCCUCAUCAACAUGAUCCUACCCAUGAUUCCCGCCAUCGAUUUUGGUGCUUUCCAAAUCGUCCCCGGUCUCUUCCUCGGCGAUUGUAUCUGUUUGAUUCUCACCAUACCGGUCCAAUUCGGCAUCGGCAAGCGCUUCUACGUAUCCUCGUGGAAAUCGAUCAAGCAUAAAUCCCCUACCAUGGACGUCCUCAUUGUCAUCGGCACCUCUUGCGCCUUCUUCUUCAGUGUCGGCGCCAUGCUCGUAUCAUUAUUUUCCCCUCCUCAUACCCAGCCGAGCACAAUCUUCGAUACCAGCACCAUGUUGAUCACUUUUAUCACCUUGGGCCGUUUCUUGGAAAACCGAGCCAAGGGCCAGACCUCCAAGGCCUUGUCGCGGCUUAUGUCUCUGGCACCAUCCAUGGCCACUAUCUAUUCCGAUCCCAUCGCUGCGGAGAAGGCAGCCGAGAGCUGGGAUACCGCGCCGGGGUCGUCCGAACGUAAGACGUCGACUUCCCACGAGGGAUCGGCGGCCGAAGAGAAAAUCAUCCCUACCGAACUAAUCCAGGUAGGAGACAUUGUCCUCCUGCGGCCGGGUGACAAGAUUCCGGCCGACGGUAUGAUUGUCCACGGCGAGACCUACGUCGACGAGAGCAUGGUCACCGGCGAGGCAAUGCCUGUGCAGAAGAAGAAAGGCAGCUACCUCAUCGGCGGUACCGUCAACGGCCAUGGCCGGGUCGACUUCAGGGUCACUCGUGCCGGCCGAGACACCCAGCUUAGCCAGAUCGUCAGGCUCGUCCAGGAGGCGCAGACAACCCGCGCACCUAUUCAACGCCUGGCGGACACUUUAUCCGGUUACUUCGUCCCGAUUAUUCUUGUUCUAGGAUUCAGCACCUUCUUCGUGUGGAUGAUUCUCAGCCACGUACUCAAGCAGCCGCCCGAGCUGUUCCUGCGCGAGGCCAGCGGUGGCAAGAUUAUGGUAUGCGUUAGGCUCUGCAUCUCCGUCAUUGUCUUCGCCUGCCCUUGCGCCCUUGGUCUGGCCACCCCCACAGCCGUCAUGGUGGGCACCGGCGUCGGAGCCGAAUCCGGCAUUCUCGUCAAGGGUGGUGCCGCGCUGGAGACAACCACCAGGGUCACGCAGAUCGUCCUAGACAAGACCGGCACCAUCACCAACGGUAAAAUGAGCGUCGCGAACGCCCGUAUCGUUUCCCUCUGGCAAGACACCGAAUGGCAGCGUCGGAUGUGGUGGACCAUCGUAGGCCUGGCGGAAAUGGGAAGCGAACACCCUGUGGGUAAGGCCGUUCUCGCCGCCGCCAAGGCCGAGCUCGGUAUGCACAUAGAGGGCACCAUCGACGGCACCGUGGGCGAAUUCAACGCUGUUGUGGGCAAGGGCAUCAAGGCGCUCGUGGAGCCGGCGUCGAGCGCCGAACGGACAAGAUACCGGGUCCUCGCGGGCAACGUCCGUUUCCUGCGCGAGAACAAUGUCGAGGUCCCCGAGGACGCCGUCGAGGCGUCAGAGGAGAUCAACAGCAAGGCCGGCAAGGGCUCCAAGGCCUCGUCGGCUGGCACCACGAACAUCUUCAUCGCCGUCGACGGCAAGUACACCGGCCAUCUCUGCCUCUCGGAUACCAUCAAGGAGGGCGCCGCGGCCACCAUCGCCGUCCUCCGCCGCAUGAAAGUCAAGACGGCCAUGGUGACGGGCGACCAGCGGUCCACAGCCGUCGCCGUCGCCAACGCCAUCGGCAUACCUCCCGAGGACGUCUACGCCGGGGUGUCUCCGGACCAGAAGCAGGCCAUCAUCCGCCAGCUUCAGGACCAAGGCGAGGUGGUCGGCAUGGUGGGCGAUGGCAUCAACGACUCCCCCGCCCUCGCCACGGCCGACGUCGGCAUCGCCAUGGCCAGCGGCACCGACGUGGCCAUGGAGGCGGCCGACGUGGUGCUGAUGCGACCCACGGACCUGAUGGACGUCCCCGCCGCCCUGCACCUCGCGCGCUCCAUCUUCACCCGCAUCAAGCUCAACAUCGCCUGGGCCUGUCUCUACAACAUCGUCGGUCUGCCCUUCGCCAUGGGCCUCUUCCUCCCCUUCGGCCUCCACGUGCACCCCAUGGCGGCCGGCGCUGCCAUGGCCUGCAGCAGCGUCAGCGUCGUUGUCAGCAGUCUCCUGCUGAAGUUCUGGUCGCGGCCUGCGUAUAUGAACGACGCUCUCGUGGAGGAGCGUGGCGGCGUUACCCGGCGCAGGGGCUUCGGCCUCUUCGACAGGCUGACGGACGUCAUCGACCAGUUGCGGGGUCGCAGGAAGGAUGCGGCUGGUUACGUUCCUCUGGAGGAGAUUUCGGAGAGAGGAGAGGUAUGA